CACAAAAAGUUGGGCAAAACACAAGAUGGACCUGAUGCAAUCUUGACUCAAAACCCUCACUGUGAACAGUGAUGGCAAAUCCAAAUUCUCGCUCGAAUCGAGAGAUUAUUCAAAUGAAAUCGAAAUUCAUCUUCGUACUUUGAAAGAGCAAUCGAAGUCGCUCAUAAUCCCAAAAGAUUGGCCUUCAAUUGGGCUCGAACUAAGGUGGAACCAAGCUCCCAUGGUCGCUAAUGAAGAGGAGACGGAAGAUAUGCCUGGUGUUUUGAGGAAGAGAAAGCUUCGGGUCUCCUCCACGUCAGAGAGUGAAACCCAAACCGCCACUUCACAGGUUGAAGCUCAGGCCCUUAGCGUAUCCGGUUCAGUUUCUGUUUUUGCCCAAGUCCUAGGUCCUGCCGGCAUACCGAAAAAGAGAAUAGUCAUUGGGACAUGGGAUGAAGAUGAAGAACCUAGUUCCGGCCUUCUAGAGAUGGAGUUGGUGUCGGCCGAGCACGCGUCGAAAGCUAAAGGCAAGAAGUCCCAUGCCAAAGAAACUAUUGUCGUGGAGGGUGAUGGGUGCACAUAGGUCGAGGCUGGGGUCUUGACAUCUAUGCUAAUGGAGGAGGACGAGGAUAUUGCAUCCUUUCAAAAGACCCUGGCAUCCUUACAAACGACCGUGGUGGAUGUAUGAAUGGAACCCCUGCUUACCUUUACAUUCGGUAUGUUUUCCUUUGUAUUGGUCGGCUGACCCCAUGUUU